AACUUACAUGGAAAAACUCAGCUGAAUAUUCGAGCACAUGUAGCAAUAGAAAUACAUAUCCUCGAACAAUCCAGUGCGAGGGAGAGGCCAUUUCUGAAAUCAGUGUUGGUAAGGAUCCAAGCUUCAUGAGUUUCUCUGCAUGAAAACCAGAAGGAAACUCGGCGGGUUUUUCUUAGUCGAUUGAAACCAGGGAGCAAAGCAGAUCACAGAAAAUGGAAGGUGGUGACAUGAGAGUGGCCAGUGCACGCAUAGGCAGCUCUAGCAUUUGGAGAAGCAGUGCUGCAGAUGUAUUUUCAGGGUCUUCACUCAGGGACGACGAUGAACAUGACCUUAAAUGGGCUGCAAUUGAGAAGCUUCCAACAUACCUACGUAUGACGAGGGGCAUACUCGCCGAAUCCGAAGGUCAACCUCAAGAGAUUGAUAUAAAUAAACUCGGCCCACUUCAGAGGAAGAAUCUCGUGGAGAGGCUAGUCAAGAUUGCAGAGGAAGAUAAUGAAAGGUUCUUGCUGAAGCUCAGAGACCGCAUUGACCGCGUUGGGCUGGACUUUCCUACGAUUGAGGUUCAUUUCGAGCAUUUAAACGUGGAAGCAGAAGCUCAUCUAGGAAGCAGAGGAUUGCCCACAAUCUUCAACUUCUGUGUUAACAUGUUAGAGGGUUUCUUGAACUCUUUGCACCUUCUUCCCAGUAGAAAGAAGCCGCUCACCAUUCUUCAUGAUGUUAGUGGGAUCAUCAAGCCUAGAAGAAUGACAUUGCUCUUGGGGCCUCCAAGCUCUGGAAAGACCACAUUAUUACUGGCACUGGCUGGAAGACUCAGUAAAGAUCUCAAAUUUUAUGGGCGAGUUACGUAUAAUGGGUAUGGCAUGGAUGAGUUUGUACCUCAAAGAACAUCAGCGUACAUAAGUCAACAUGAUCUCCAUAUAGGAGAAAUGACAGUGAGAGAAACGUUGGCUUUUUCAGCAAGAUGCCAAGGGACAGGAAGCCGUUAUGAGAUGCUGACGGAAUUAUCAAGAAGAGAGAAGGCAGCGAAUAUUAAGCCAGAUCCUGAUCUUGAUAUUUAUAUGAAGGCGGCAGCACUAGAAGGCCAAGAAACCAAUGUUGUAACAGAUUAUAUUAUGAAGAUUCUGGGACUAGAGACAUGUGCUGAUACGCUGGUCGGAGAUGACAUGAUUCGGGGAAUUUCUGGCGGGCAAAAGAAGAGAGUCACAACAGGUGAGAUGCUGGUGGGACCAGCAAGAGCACUUUUCAUGGAUGAAAUAUCAACUGGUUUGGAUAGCUCUACCACAUUCCAUAUGGUGAAUUCUCUGAGACAAUCAAUCCACAUCCUUAAUGGAACAGCCGUUGUUUCUCUUCUACAGCCAGCGCCAGAAACCUAUGAACUAUUUGAUGAUAUAAUUCUCCUUUCUGAUGGACAUAUCGUCUAUCAGGGUCCACGUGACAACGUGCUUGAGUUCUUUGAAUACAUGGGCUUCAAAUGCCCAGAGAGGAAAGGAGUGGCAGACUUUUUGCAAGAAGUAACAUCAAGGAAAGAUCAAGAACAGUACUGGGCAAAUAAAGAUGAGCCAUAUACCUUUGUCACUGUAAAAGAAUUUGUGGAUGCAUUUCAAUCAUUUCACGUUGGCCGAAAACUUGGUGAUGAACUUGCUACUCCAUUUGACAAGUCCAAGGGCCACCCUGCUGCUUUAAACAAAAAGAAGUACGGUGUUAACAAGAAGGAGCUGCUAAAAGCUUGCAUAUCCAGAGAAUUUUUGCUCAUGAAGAGGAAUUCCUUUGUCUAUAUUUUCAAAACACAGCAACUGAUUGUAAUGGCUCUCAUAACAAUGACGCUAUUUCUGCGAACUGAGAUGCAUCGGGACACAGUAGCAGAUGGUGGCAUCUAUAUGGGAGCUCUGUUCUUCGUACUCAUUAUGAUUAUGUUUAAUGGAUUUUCGGAGCUAUCUAUGACCAUUGCGAAACUCCCUGUCUUCUAUAAGCAAAGAGACCUUUUGUUUUAUCCUUCUUGGGCAUACGCUUUGCCUACAUGGAUCCUUAAGAUUCCUAUUACCAUAGUUGAAGUUGCUGUUUGGGUGGUGUUGACUUACUAUGUUAUAGGCUUUGAUCCAAACAUCGAGAGGUUCUUCAAACAGUUCCUUUUGCUCCUGUGUAUCAAUCAAAUGGCAUCUGGGCUUUUUCGAUUCAUGGGGGCAGUUGGGAGGAACUUAAUUGUCGCAAACACUUUUGGGUCUUUCUCUUUGCUUGCAAUUAUGGUGAUGGGUGGAUUUAUCCUUGCAAGAGAUGACGUGAAGAAUUGGUGGUUAUGGGGUUACUGGUUCUCACCCAUGAUGUAUGGUCAGAAUGCUAUAGCUGUGAAUGAAUUCCUUGGGAAUAGUUGGGCACAUGUUCCUCCUAAUUUAACAGAACCAUUAGGAGUACAAGUUCUUAAGUCACGAGGGCUCUUCCCUCAAGCAUACUGGUAUUGGAUUGGAGUUGGAGCUUCCAUUGGUUACAUGUUCUUGUUCAAUUUCCUUUUCGCUUUGGCCUUGCACUAUCUUGAUCCAUUUGAAAAACCCCAAGCAGUAAUAUCAAAAGAGGACUUGGCCGAGAAAAAUGCUAGCAGAAACGGACAGGUCAUUGAACUAUCAUCAACACAACAAAGGUCUUCUGAAAAAGGGAAUGAAAGUCGAAGAAGUGUGUCAUCCAGAACACUCUCUACAAGAGUAGGUAAUGUUAGCGAAGCAGAUCACAAUAGGAAACGUGGGAUGGUUCUUCCUUUUACUCCUCUUUCUAUGACUUUUGACGAAAUUAGAUAUGCCGUGGACAUGCCACAGGAGAUGAAAGCACAAGGCAUUACUGAGGAUAGACUUGAACUAUUGAAGGGUGUUACCGGAGUAUUUAGGCCAGGAGUUCUUACAGCACUAAUGGGCAUAAGCGGAGCCGGAAAAACUACGUUAAUGGAUGUGUUGGCUGGACGAAAAACAACUGGACAUACUGAGGGAUCUAUAACUAUAUCAGGCUAUCCAAAGAAGCAGGAAACUUUCGCUCGCGUAUCAGGAUACUGCGAGCAAAAUGAUAUUCACUCUCCCCAUGUCACAAUUUACGAGUCUCUGGUUUACUCAGCAUGGCUUCGCUUACCCCCUAAGGUUGAUGCUGCCACAAAAAUGAUGUUUGUUGAGGAAGUGAUGGAAUUGGUGGAGUUGAAAUCAUUAAGAGAAGCGCUUGUUGGGUUACCUGGAGUAAAUGGUCUAUCUACAGAACAACGAAAGAGACUAACAAUUGCAGUUGAACUUGUAGCCAACCCGUCUAUUAUAUUCAUGGAUGAACCAACAUCUGGCCUUGAUGCCAGAGCUGCAGCUAUAGUAAUGAGGACAGUCAGGAAUACUGUAGACACAGGACGAACCGUAGUUUGCACAAUUCACCAACCUAGCAUAGAUAUAUUUGAUGCUUUUGACGAGUUACUUCUAUUAAAAAGAGGAGGCGAGGAAAUUUACGCGGGACCUUUAGGCCUGCAUUGUUCUCAUCUUAUCAAUUAUUUUGAGGUAAUUAACGGGGUUCCAAAAAUUAAGAAUGGCUAUAAUCCUGCCACGUGGAUGUUGGAGGUUACCUCAGAGGCCCAAGAAACUGCACUUCAAGUUAACUUUACCGAAAUAUACAAGAACUCUGACAUGUAUAAGAGAAACAAGGACAUGAUCAGAGAACUGAGCAUAGCACCACCAGGCUCAACCGACUUGUACUUUCCAACAAAGUACUCACAAUCAUUCUUUAGUCAGUGCAAGGCUUGCUUUUGGAAACAACAUCUGUCAUAUUGGCGAAAUCCACCGUACACUGCAGUGAGACUUUUCUUCACAACGGUCAUUGCUUUAUUAUUCGGAACCAUAUUUUGGGAUAUUGGCUCCAAAAGGCAAAAGCAACAAGAUCUUUUCAAUGCAAUGGGAUCGAUGUACGCCGCAAUACUGUUCAUAGGGGUGCAGAAUGCUUCAUCAGUACAACCAGUGGUGGCCAUUGAGAGGACAGUCUUCUACAGAGAGAAGGCAGCAGGAAUGUACUCUGCCUUGCCGUAUGCAUUUGCACAGGUUGCUAUUGAGAUCCCAUACAUCUUCGUACAAGCUGCCAUAUAUGGGGUCAUAGUAUACGCCAUGAUUGGAUUUGAAUGGACGGUCAACAAGUUCUUCUGGUACCUCUUCUUCAUGUUCUUCUCCUUCUUAUACUUCACCUUCUAUGGAAUGAUGGCAGUGGCUAUGACACCUGAUCAUAACAUUGCUGCUAUAGUUUCCUUUGGCUUCUACCUAAUGUGGAACCUUUUCUCCGGAUUCGUCAUUCCCCGAACUAGGAUUCCAGUAUGGUGGAGAUGGUACUACUGGAUUUGCCCAGUGUCUUGGACCUUGUAUGGAUUGUUCGCUUCACAAUUUGGAGAUGUAAAGGACACAUUGGAGUCUGGAGAGACAGUGGAAGAGUUUUUGAGGAAUUAUUUUGGGUAUAGGCAUGAUUUUCUAGGCAUAGUUGCCGUGGGGGUUGCUGGCAUUUCAGUGUUGUUUGGACUUAUCUUUGCCUUCUCAAUCAAGGCAUUUAAUUUCCAAAAGAGAUAAAGAUUCUCAAUUUGUGGAACUUAAUGAUCAUAUACACAUGCAGACAUACAUACAUGUAUAUGUAAAGGUACUCAUUUUGGUUGUGAUGGCUGGAAAUGGUCUUCUUCAACUUGUCAUUCUAAAAGCUUCUGUGUUGCUGUCACUACAUUGGAAGGAUGAUUACAAAAAGUUUGAAAAGCGAGGCAUUGGACGGAAAAAAGAGAGAAAAAGAAAGCAAGCUUUUAGAAAAUGAAGAAGCAUCCCAUGGAAGUAAGGGAAACGUGGAACACACGUUGUCGAGGUUGUCGUUUUUGCUCCACAUUUUCUUCUUUGUAUGGUACACCUACCUCUAAUCAUCAUUGGAUCCCGGCUCCUCAAAUUCAUUUUCAUACAAAGGUCCACCAUAUCUCUACUUAGGGUCCUAUAAAUGAACAAAAAAUACAUAUUUAAUUUUCAUUUUUUAAUAUUUAUUUUAUAUCUCAUUUUUA